AUGGCCCGGGGACAAACUGGCCCAGCGCAGAGGCUGGGGAGACGCCACCUGCGCCCGGCCCCGGGGAGGGCGCCGCCGAGGCGCCAGGUCCCCGGCUCCCGCCGAGAAAGCGCGACCCGGGCGCGCGGGGCGGCUCGCGCUGGUCCCCGGGUCCCGGCGCCGCCCCCCCAACUCCCGCCGCCGCCGCCCCGCGUCCCCGGCCCGCCGCGAGUCCUUACCGGGAGCCGGCGGCCGCGCGGGCGUGCAGCGGGCGGGCACGGGCCGGAGCGCACGGCCGGCUCCCGGGAGGCGGCGGCUUCUGGGCGGCGCCCCGCCCUCGAGCCUUUAUCCGCAGCGGGAGGCGGCCCCCGCCCGCCCCCUCGGGCAUUUGCAUACCCGGCCGCCCGCCUCCCACCGGGGCCCGGCUGGGGCCCGCGCGGGUCGGGGGUCGCCCCGGCCCUGGGUCCUCCCGCCGAGGUGGGUCCUGGCGGGAUUCUGGGGGCGCAGGGGGUCAUCGGGCGAGAGGCUCCAGCCCACCACGUAGCAGAGCGCACGACCGAGGGAACAGGCGGUGCGAAGUACUCGGGGGCCCGACUCCCCGACUCGGGACUCCCACCCCCACCCAGCGGUGACAGGGCUCGGGGCGGGGGGGCUCGGGACUCAGUGCUGCGGGAAGAAACGCAACAGGUCCGCAUGUGUUUUGGAACACACCUGGCCAGAGGCCCAGACCUUCCUGUCCGUGUGGGCGUGAACUUGCCCCCGGUUGCCAAGGAAACUCUCCACCGCCAGACACGCCCCCCCAUCCCCUUCAAAACUGCCCUGGAUGAACUGGCGCGCUUCCGGCGCCCCGAGUGCGUCAUCAGCCGGCGCCGGCGCCGGCGCCGCACGCCGCCCGGUCGCGCUGCAACACGCUAA